AUGUCGAAUAGUGAUUGUACUACUGGCAUAUCGAAUUUCAAUUUCGGAUUCAAGAGGGAUUCGUAUUCUUCGACUAACAACCGUGCGAGCACGGCUUCGAAUUUCUCUUCGAAGAAAGGCGAUAGAAAGGUCGUUCUCAUCACUGGGGCUACAGGUGAGUAGACCACGUUAGAUUCCAGAACGAUUGCUCAUCUUUGAUACUUAGGAGGAAUCGGUCGAGCUACCUCAGUUGCCUUUGCCAGGACGGGGAAAUACGAUCUGGCGCUGCACUAUAAUACCGCAACUUCCGCGACUCAACAGAAGCUCUUGCAUGCUAUUAAUGAUGCUGUCACACGAGUAAUCGAUGUUGCAUUGUUUCAGGCUGAUCUCUCAUCUUAUGAUGAAGUUCGACGCUUGCACAAUGAAGUGUCUGAGCAAUUUGGUGGAGUUGAUGUGCUGUUCUGUAAUGCUGGAGCCACUGGAGGACAGACUGGUGUGGGAUCCUUGGGUGAGGUUGACAUUGAGGUGUUUGAGAAGGUGUGGAGACUCAAUUGUGGUGGUCCGAUUCUAUUGACGCAGUUGUGUCUGCCUCUCAUGGAACAACAAGGAUGGGGAAGAGUAGUGAUGUGCUCAAGUGUGGCGGCAUGGACUGGAGGUUUUGUUGGUCCGCACUAUGCUAGCAGUAAGAGGUGAGUCGACUCGUUCUCCUACAAAGACCGCAACACGCUGACCGGAUGGCUCUAGCGGGCUGCAUGGAUUUGUGCACUGGCUGGGGAAGAAUGUGGCCACGAAAGGUAUUACAGUGAACGCGGUCGCUCCAGCGCUGGUACGUCAGGCAUUAUCAAAGAGAAAUCAGGCAUGCGAGGACUAAUAGCUGGCAGAUUGCAGACACAGCGAUGAUGGCACCGAAAACAGGAUCUGAAGAGCAAGAAAAGAGGGCUGCUCAGAGUAUGUAAAUUUUUCUUUACAAAGGGGAGGAUUGAGAGCUGACAUCUGGACACAGAUGUGCCCGUGGGACGUCUAGGUCGACCGGAUGAAGUAGCAGAAACAGUCAUGUGGAUGGUCAACACCGCAUAUGUGACCAGAAAGAUAAUCGGUGUUGAUGGGGGUUAUCAUCCAUGUUGA